CAUGUCUUGGCCAUUAAUUAAUAAAUUAGUCAGUAUUGGUGGAAGCGAUCGUCGGCAUCAUCCUCUGCUCUGUUCUAUAUCUGCCAUGGCCGCGGCCUCUGUUUCCACUCCCAGAUCGGCUACCUCUGAAGCCAUGGAGAGAACUAGCCAAUGGGUCUUCUCCCAAGAUCUGCCCAGCGACAUCGUCGUCCAGAUCGGGAAGGUUACUUUUCAACUGCACAAGUUUAUGCUGGUGGCGAAGAGCGGGCUGAUCCGGAGGAAGGUGAUGGAGUCGGAGAGGGUCGACCUGGGGCGCGUGGAUCUGUCGGAGGUUCCCGGCGGCGCGGACGUGUUCGAGAAGGCGGCUAAGUUCUGCUACGGGCUUAACUUCGAGAUUUCCGUCAACAACGUGGUGGCGCUCCGGUGCGCCGCCGAGUACUUGCAGAUGACGGAAGAGUACUGCCGCGGGAACUUGGUGCAGAGGACAGAGGAGUUCAUCGGCCAGGCGGCGCUCAAGACGCUCCCGUCUGCCGUCGCGUUGCUCCGCUCCUGCGACGCUCCUGAUCUACUUGCUUCCGCGGAGCAUGCUGGGAUCGUCGGCCGCUCCGUGGACGUCAUCAGCUUGAAGGCCUGCAACGAAGCUAACUUCCCGACACGCUCGCCGUCGGACUGGUGGGCCGGUGAACUCUCGUCGCUCUCUCCCACCUCGUUCCAGAAGAUCCUUGCCCGCAUGAAAUCCCGCGGCGCCGCCCCUAAAUCCCUCGCCACCGCCAUCGUGGCCUACGUCGAGAAGUCCCUGCCGGACCUCCUCCCCCUUUCCGCCGGCGCCCUGUCCUCCAUCCCCUGCGGCGACACCCGCACCCGGCAGCGCGGCCUCCUCGAAUCCCUCAUCUCUAUUCUCCCGCCGGACCGCGACGCCCCCCUCCCAGUCGGCUUCAUCUGCUGCCUCCUCCGCGCCGCGAUCUUCCUCGGCGCCUCGGCAGCCUGCCGGAGGGAGCUCGAGGGCCGGGCCUCCGUCUUCCUCGACCAGGCCACGGUAGCCGACCUCCUCACCGUCACUCUGGACUACUCCGGCGACCGUGUCGUGGACCUAGACAGCGCCCGCCGGAUCGUGGCCGGCUUCGCCGAGAGAGAAGCCAGCGCCGGCGGCGGCAUGCUCUACGGCGCCGGCUUCAACGGCGUGAGCUGCUCUCCCGCGGUGCAAAAAGUCGCACGAACCGUGGACAGCUUCCUCGCUGAGAUAGCCACCGACGACGAGCUUUCUGUCUCCAAGUUCGCGUCGAUCGCCGGCGCUCUCCCCAAGUCCGCAAGACGUUUCGACGAUGAUCUCUACCGCGCCGUCGACAUCUAUCUCAAGGCCCAUUCGGAAUUGGACGAGAUCGAGAGGGAGAAAGUGUGCAGCGUGAUGGAUCCCCUGAAGUUGUCCUACGAGGCACGGCUCCAUGCGUCGCAGAACAAGCGACUGCCCUUGCAAAUUGUGCUUCACGCUCUCUACUACGACCAACUGCAGCUUCGCAGCGGGGAGGAGGCAGGCGCCGCUGUGGCCGGGAUACGGGAGCCGAGCCUGAAGGUCGACGUCUCGUUGAUCAGGGAGAACGAGGCCCUGCGAUCAGAGCUCGCGAAGAUGAAGAUGUACGUCUCGGAUAUGCAGCGAGGAGGAGGACAGGGGAUGAGUGGGGUGAAGGUGGCCGGAAGCAAGAAGUCCUUCUUCUCCUCUGUUUCAAGGACUCUCGGCAAGUUCAACCCCUUCAAGCAAGCUGGUUCCAAGGAUACUUCCAACAUUGACGAUGGAGAGCAAGUGACAAAGCCAAGGCGGAGGAGGUUCUCCCUAUCCUGAUCCAUCACAAUUGUGGUUUCGUCAUCAAGAGCAAGUGUAGGAUUCUUAGUAUCGAUAUCCAAUUGAUCCAUCCAUCGAUCGAUGAUCGACAUCCAUCGAUAGUAUUGUUCCUAAUGAAAUUAUAUAUGAAUAUUGUGUUUUAAUC